AUGGUUUUACCAGUUAUCAACCCUACCAAAUCCUAUUGGAUUGAGGCUGCGAAUUCGCCAUUGCGCAACUUCCGCUCUAGCGAAGCGUUACCAGAGGAGACCGAUGUGGCAAUCAUCGGCGGUGGUUACGCCGGCGCAUCGACAGCUUACUGGAUCAAUAAAUACACAGAGAAUGCUUCAAGACAGCCUCACGUGACUCUCCUAGAAGCUCGUGAAAUUUGCGGAGCUGCCACCGGACGCAAUGGAGGACAAUUGAGGCCGCAUGCUUAUUCUCGUUAUGUGAAAUGGUCGAAUCGAUUUGGCCCUAAUGGUGCCAUGGAGCUUAUCGAACAUGAGAUGGCUCAUUUGCCGGCAUUUAAGAAUUUAACUGAGGAAGAAGGUAUCGCGGAAGAGGUCUGUCUCAAGUUCGGAGAAACGUUCGAUGCUGCCAUGACCGAUGAGGCCUGGACAAGGCUCAAGGGCGCGCUUGAUGCCAUGCGGAGGGAUCAUGGUGACGAUCAUGAGAUCGUCAAAGUAUGCAGAGUGAUCGAAGAUGCACACGAAGCGGAAGAGUUUACACAGAUGAAGGGUGCUCUUGCUGCAGUGGUCCAUCCUGCAGGGCAAAUAUGGCCAUACAAAUUGGUGCACGCACUUUUGCGCAUCGUUCUGCAGAAAGGCAAUCUCAAUCUGCAAGCUCACACCCCAGUCACGGAUGUUUCAGCGCGAGACGCCGAGGGCUGGAUCACGGUCAAGACUGAGCGUGGAACCAUUCGUGCCAAAUCAGUCGUCCACACGACAAACAGAUGGGCUUCUCAUCUUCUUCCUGAGUUCAGUAAUCUUAUACUGCCCGACAGAGGAACUAUUGCGGCACUAAAAGCGCCUCCGGGAUUCAUAAAGCAUACCGGUGCCCAGCAUUGGGAUUCAGUUGUCAACAACUAUCAUCUCCAACUCCCUCCGCCGUACAACACUAUCAUCAUUGGAGGAGCAAGGCAACUUCUCGUCCACAAGCCGGAAGAUUGCUUUCCUAGCGAUAAAAACGAUCAGCAGAUUGCUGGAGCAGCUGCAUUCUACGAAUCUUGGGGUCCCUCAGAUGUUAUAGGCUCGCCGGAUGCAGUUCCAGCGGAACUCAGCAAGGAAGCCAACGAAGGCGGCUGCUGGACUGGAAUUCAAACCGAAUCUGCAGAUGAUUUUCCAUUUGUUGGUACGGUGCCACAGCGGCCGGGCCAUUUCAUUGCGGCCGGAUUCGCGGGACACGGUAUGCCUCGCGUGCUGGGUUCGGCUGCUCACGUCACGCCUCUUGUACUAGAGUCGCUUGGUGUUAAAUACAGCCAGCCCCUUGUUGCCGCAUCAUUUCCUCCACUGCCUCAACCGUUCCGCACUACCGCUGAACGGAUUGAAAAACUCCAGGAUACGAAUCUCAGCGUGCUCGCUGAGGAGUACAAGCAGAGCUGUGGAGAAAGUGCGAAGAAGCCAUUUUGCAAUACCGCGAGGGUCAUGUCUGUGCUUGCGAACCCGUCUUCCUGGGAUGGUGGCGACCAGCAGAUCAUGGCCCAGCCAUGA